AUCCUUGUCUGUGUAUAACACCGUGAACUCCGUCAGAAACACCUUGGGAGGCUUUUUCAAUGGCAGCAGAGGUGGUGCUGCAGGUAGCUCUUCUCAUCCUGACCCUUGCCAUAUUCUACACCAUCCACCAACUCUCCAAAAAAGCCCUAACCAAGCUCCGAACCAACAACCGAGCCACCCUCCAAGCCACCCGCCACUUCGUCCUCGGAUCCCAGCUCCUGACCCGAGCCCGAUCCACCCCGAACAAGACCCAGUCCCACUCCCACGCCAAAACCGCCCUAACCGAAGCCGAGGUCGCUCUGUCCCUCUCCCCCCGAGACCCGGGCCCGCACAUCCUCAAGGCCCUGGCUCUGGAUCUCCUCGGCGCGCUGAGGUUGCUGGACGCGGCGCUGUCGCCGCCGUGCGUGAAGUCACUAGUGGAGAAGGAGCUGGUCAAGAGGGCCGAGCUGAAGCUAGCGCUGAACCGGCGGCGGCGGGUGGACUCGGCGGUGGAGGAUUUGGUGGAGGCAGUUGGGCUGAGUGAGGGGGUGAGGGAGGGUCAGUGUUAUGAGUGGAAGGGGAUGAGGGGGGAAGCAAGGGAAGCGUUCGAGCGGGCCUUAUCGAUCAACCCAGAGUCAGUUUUGGCCCGUCAAGGAUUGGAGCGGUUGCGUCUUGAUCAGACUCAGGCCCAUGAAACUGGAUCUGACUAAUGAACGGGUUGAUUUACCGUCGAGAAGGCCCGAAUAGUUGGAAGAUUUUUAGGAUUGCGAUAUAAUUAUUUUUUUUUUCGGUUUUGAGUGUGUGUAAUCAGGUAGCGCAUAUGUUAGCACGGUUUAGUGUUGACGACCAUGGUGUUUCUUUUUCUAUAGAUGAUGUUUUGGUUCGUUGAGUGACAUCGAUUGUAUAGAUUUGGAUUUUCAUGUAUUUGUUUUCAUAAUAGAGU